GAACAAUGGAACGAGUCUUUGCAUGUAUUUUUAUUAUUCUUUGCAGCUGCAUUUAAAAGGUGGCCUUUUCUUUCCUGCUCACAGCGCGCGAUCUGCGGGGGGAAAAUAGCACACACGUACACACGUACACAUACUCGAAUACGCAUAGAGCAUACCAACUUGAGCGACAGCAAUUGUAACCGUCGGCGACUUCUCUUACGCAAGAAGAAAAAUGUCAAGUCAAGAAUCCCUGAAAGCGGCGAUGCGGGAGUCUUUAGAAACAAACGGGACUAUCAGCCGCAUCAAAGCGGAGCUCCGUGCCGCCAUCGUCGAACGCCUUUCCGAUGUCACGGCCAAUGGGGAUAGUCGUGCAGUGGAUAACCCGCCGGUGCCUCCGGAGAAUAUGAUCAUCAACGAGCUUAUUAAGGAGUACUUGACCUUCAACGGCCUCGAGCACACAUUAGCUGUCUUUCAGCUAGAGGGGCGCACGCCGGAUAGCCAAGUGCCUCGCCGCGUACUCGCAUCCGAGCUGAACAUGGCCGCUGCACCGUCGUCAGUGCCACUGCUGUAUGCUAUAUUGCAUGAAGCGCGACUGUCGAAGGAGAUGGGUCAGUGA